AUGCCGCACCUCAUGGACCAGCUUCACCAGCUGUCGAUCGCGGCCUCCCCCUCCAGACCCUCCCUCCGCUAUGCGACCUCGACCGCAUCAAUCAGUAACAUCGCUUCCAAUCCUUACUCGCCAUCGCUUACACCCGCUCAACUUGCAGAAAUCGACACUUCGCUGUCUUCGGCCGUCGCCGCCCUCGUCCACCAUCUCACCCAACCACUCGCCGCUAAAUACCCCCAUUCGACAAUCAUCCUUCUACGGUCGGCUCUCAUCGAGGCGCUCACACGGCGGUAUGAGUCCUCUUGGCGUACCACCGAGCCCUCCUUCGGGUCGGGCUUCAGGUCCCUCAUUUGCGACCGGGUCCGCGGUUUGCCGGGGGUGCUCAAACAGGCAGCUAGGGAGGCGGGCGUGAACGCCGAGGUAUGGAGGCAGUCGCUGAAGGGGAAGCCAAGGGAGGAUGCUCCGUAUGGGGAUAAUGAAAGGGAUGAGUGGGAGGCGUGGUGUGAUCCUGGGACUGUCAGCUGGCGGUAUGGAGGUCAUACCUGGAGUAUGCCCGAAUUUGAGCGGCCCGUUCUAGACUCUAUCAUCACGGUAUGGUAUGCCGGUCCUACUUUCGAGUCAGAAACAUCGGACCACCCUGCCCCUGCUCCGUCCAUCACCCCCGCUCGUCCCUCGGCUGCUAUUGCCAUCCGCGCUCCUUCCGUCGCUCUGGUUCCCGCUACUCCUGCUCACGCUUCCGGCACGGCUACCGUUCCAGAACCUCUCUCCUUCCGUCCAUCCUCCCCCAACCUCAUGCCCGCAGCCAACAUCGGCGUUCGGCCCGUCCACUAUCGCUCCUCCUCCUCUGUCACCUAUACUCACGGCACCAGCCCCAUCAGCGAGGACGACGAGUCUAUGUUUGGCCGUCCACACGCUCGUGCCUCCACCUACCCCAUGCGCUCAGGCCACGGUAGCUCCUCCUCCAUCGACUCUUCCAUCUCGGACUCCAACUCGGGCGCCACCCAACUUCUCACUCCCGCGUCAAGGCCCGGCUCGGCCGACCCCUUCACCGCAGCCGCCAACGCUUCCAUCGAUGACAAAACACCCACGCCCGGUACGUUGCGCGGCCGGGAUCCAUCCCCCAUGUCCAGGCAGCAAGUCACUCCAACUGCUCCAGGCAAAGUCGCUACCCCGUCUGUCACCCCUUAUGACGGCGGCAACGUGACCGUCCUCGGCGGAGGCGUCAAGCUUGGGGGCGGAGCAGGUGGACCUCCCGGUUCUCGACCAGUCUCGGUGGUCAGCCAACACCGCAUGCCCAUGAUGGACCGGUCUCGCUCCCCAUCCGUCUCUAUCGCUAGUCGCGCCCUCAACUCGGCACUCACCCCAGGCGAGAUGGGUAACGGAGGCGGUCGGAAACCAAGGACCCGGCGGCGCAUCAUGCCCACCUACCUCGGUUACGUCGGUCAGCCUGGCGUCGGCGGUCCCGCAUCCCCGGCUUUCCAGCCCCUCAUGCUCCCCAAGGGCGGGUCAGGGCAGCCCGGCCAGGCUCAGCCGCAGCAGAUGGGUCAACAGGCGGGAUGGCAGCCGAGUCUAGGCGUCGGAAUGGGGAUCAGGACACCCCUUACUCGGAUCGCUUAA